UGUGGACUCGCAGAAUUCUCAAAGUUCUACCAUCACCACCAAUUACACAUCGCAGUGCUACACGACUGCCUAAUUCUCUCGAGAAUCCAGGGAUUAUCCCGUCAUGUCAUUUCAGUGCCGAGCAGCCAAACGUGCCAGACACCCACCGAUGCCAACCCCUUAUAAACUGACCUACCUCAAGCCAACCAUGCCAGACGUAUAUACUUUUGUCACUGCCGGACCGUUCUCCAGAUCUGCGCAUGUCUAUCGAGGGUCAUUCACUUCAAGCUCCCAGACAUCUAGGAUGCAGCCAGCCUACGAAGCUAACAUCAGCCAUAGCCACAGCGACAUCAGCGUCAAGUCUGUAGCCUCUGCUCGCACAAUAAUCGCUGGUCAUUAUAAAGGCUUUACACGACGCAGAGCAGUUGUGCACUGGUCGAACAAGGCUGCACAACUUGAGAGGACGGACCCGUUCUUUGAGGGCUGGACCAUUCACGACUUUCAAGGAAGGCGAUACACCUGGAAGGUCGGGUUUACGAAGGUGAAAGUCAUUGCUGUGUUCGACCGGGCCAUGCUGAACAUGAUUCUUAUCGGCCGCCUUUCAAUCUUGCAGCCGGUCUCUGAGGAAUUUCUCGCGAUAAUUAUCCUUUCUACCCGAAUCGUGCACAUUUCUAUAAAGUAAUUAUAUGAUAGUAAUCAGAUGUGACAUGGUAAUAAAUGUUGGCAAGUCGCUAUGCU